AUGGAAAAUAUAGCUGAGAUAAUAGAAAAUUCUGCAUUUGUUAUUAUCUGUAUGUCGGAUUCGUAUAAAAGAUGUAAUCAUUGUCGAUCAGAAGCAGAAUAUGCAUUAAAUACUCAACGAUCUCUUGUUUCCUUAAUUUUACGUCCUGGAUUCAAACCGGAUGAUUGGUUAAUCACACUUAUAAAUAAUAGUACAUAUGUUGACUUCGGAACAUCUGAUUUCAAAUCGGCAGCUAAACUACUCUUCAAAGAAAUUAAAAAUCGACAACAUAAAAAUAAAACAUCAGAUACUAAAUCAAAAGUAUCGACGUCGAAUGACAUUUCCCGCAAUAAGUCUAAUCAUAUAUCAGCUUUUGAAAAACCAUCUGCGCCCAAUAGAAUGUCCAGAUCACAAAGAAUUCAUAAUUCCGAUGCAUCUUCUUACCUACCACCUACUGUUAGUAAACAACAACGCCACCGUCAACAACAACAACAACAACAACAUCAACUAUUACGACGUCCUGUUUCAAGAUCACCUACACCUGGUUCUAUGUCUACUGGUGGAUCACUUGAUAUUGGUGAGCCACUACAUGGAAAGGCACCCAUAUAUUCUGUUCCAAGAUCGUCAACGCUUGGAUCUUUUGGUACUUUUACGUCUGGUAUGUUUGAUAAAGAUCAACAACAAGCAUCAUUACGCUCUCUCUCAAGAUCACCAACAUCUGGUUCAAAUCCGUCUGAUGCAUCAUCUGGCGUUAAUAAACAGCAACGUUUAGAAGCACCAUAUUUUUCUGUUUCUAGAUCAUCAACGCUUGGAUCUAUUCCUUCUCUUACAUCUGGUGCUUUUGAUAAAGAUCAACAAGCAGCUUCAAUAGGUUCUAUGUCAGUAUCACCAAUGCCUGCUCCUACCCCUGUUACUGCCACUACUACUGUUGUUCACAGCCAGCAACAUUCAGAGGCACCAGCAAAUUCUAUCUCAAGAUCAUCAACGCCUGGAUCUGCCACAUCUGGUGCCCGUAAUAAAGACCAAAACAAGACACCAACACGUUCUACCUCAAAAUCUCCAGCACCACCUCCCACUUGCACUCCAACGAUGCCUCUAUUAAGCAAUGAAGAAUAUCAGCAACAACACAUAACAGUACGUUCUAUGUCAACAUCACCAACGGCUAGUUUUAAUCCUUCGUAUCGAUCUCUUGCUGGUGAGAUAGUGCAACAACAAACACCCGUAUAUCCAUCACCAAUACCAGUGACACCUGAUGUGAACACAAUUAUUAAUAAUACUAUCAGCGAUAACCAGCAGCAACAAGGACAGCAACAGCAACAACAAACAAAUCUACCGUCUACUUCGCAAACUGCCAAUCCUGUGUCUGGUUCUUUUGCUACACCUUUUAGUUAUGAUCAGCAAACAACACAAGAAUCGGGAUAUUCUACUCAACAGCAGCCACUAGUAACAUCGAACUCUAAGACGAACACAAAUAUGAAUAAACCACAACAACAACAACAACAACAACAACAGAGAGGAAGAUCGACACUUUCAAGAUCAUCAACUGCAAGUACUAUUUCUUCCGAUGUAUCCAUUAAUAUCGAUAAACACCAACAACAACCAAUACAAACCAAUUCACAUUCUUCAGCGACUAAUGUUAUAUCUUCUGCAACACCUACUACUGUCGUUCAGCAGCAGCAGCAGCAGCAACAACAACAACAACAGCAAUCACAACAAUCCGUAUUGUAUCCUACUACAUAUCCGUUAACCAUUGGUACUGCUUUUUCUUCAACAUCUGUUAUUGGUGACAAACAAGAGCAACCAACACCAACACCAGUUAUUUCAUCUGCACGUUCGUCGACAUCUGAAUCAUUUUCUGCUGAUCUAUCUACAGAUAUGAGUAAACAGCAACAACAGCAAAUUAUAACUAAUCCUGUUUUACUACCACCCGCCAAUAAUAACAUUAUGCCAACAGUUAUAUCUACCAACUUCGAUAAACAACCACUAAUGCAACAAAAUCAACAUAUAUCAGUCCAUUCUGCUUUUCAAUCAACUAUAAAUGAUAGUGUUCCAAUAACUGCAUGGAAUCUAAACGAUAUGCAUCGACCACAAACACAAAUGCGUUCUGGUACACAACCACCACCAACACCUAAUAUUGUUCCUGCUUUUACAUCUGUUUUCAUUAAUAAACAACCACAUCAAUCACCCAUACAUCCUUCUCAACAACCGUUAACAAUUAGUAAUAUGCCUUCUAGUGCAUUUAGUCCUAAUGAUAUACAACGACAACAACCACAAGGACUUCCUCUUUCAAGAUCAUCAACAUAUAAUUUUAUUCCUUCUCCUGGAUCUAUUGCCACGGAUGACCAUUCACACGGAUAUUUUUUUCCACCAUCAUUCACAAACAAUAUGACGCCUACGGAUACAUCUAUGAGUUUCGAUGAUCAACAAUCCCAACAAAUGUUAACGCAUUCUAAUUUACAAGCAUUUAAUAAUAAUCUUGGUCAUUCCAAUACAUCUGUUUUCGUCGAUAAACGCCCUUAUCAAACAGCAGCACAUCCUGAUUCACAAACAGCAGCCAAAGCUUCUAUUGCUUUUACUGAGCUCAAUGCCAAUGAUAAACAGAGGCAACAAUCACAAAUGCUUCCUCUUUCACGAUCAGCAACAUAUGAUGCUUCACCCACCCCCAUGCAUAGACAACCACAACAAACUCAACAAGUUCUUAUGUCUCAAUCAUUUACUAACAGUACGAUUCCUCCAGCACCACUAGUUAAUAAUAAUGAUCCCUCUCGAGAACCAUCAAUACGUCUUAUUAUACGACCAGUAAUGACUGGUCCUACAUCAGCUGGUACAUCUAAUGCUCCUGAUCAACCACUACAACAAAAACCACCAAAGCCACCCUCUGGACAAUUUGUAAAAUUUAGCGCUGAUAAGAAUAUGCAACAAUUAGGAUCGGCACAUCUCAAUUUAGGAUUAUCAACACUUGAUACUAUUCCUACUAAGAUACCAAGUAAUAACCAUAAAGAUCAAGAACAAUCUUUAUUAUUAUAUUCGAAAUCAAAAUCAACUACAUCUCAUGCUUUACCAGGUGCAUCAUCUGAAAAUUCCGCACUUCCUGCGCCUACGCCAACGAAUGGUCAGUACCAAUCACCCUUACCUGAUGAAUAUGUGAAUCGUAAUACUGAAGAUUCAAGAUACCGUAGUCUUUCGAUUGUUGCUUGGGGAAGCAGUGAUGUACUCGAUUUUCUGUGCGAUUUAAAUCUUUAUCAGAUGAUGCCAUUAUGUGAAUCGAUGUCAGGUAAAGCUUUAACUCGACUUUUUCGAAUGUGUCAAGCAAAACCUAGUCGUCUUUACGAUCAAUUAAAUGAUGAACUACGUGUCCGUUUUAGUGGUUUAACUUUACCAAUGGCUGUUUAUACAGAAUUUCUAAUUGAAAUGGAUGGUAUAGUUGGUCCAGCACCUGAUUCAAUUCUCUCAAUAUCUCCUACGAGACCAAAUAUAGUAGAACGUGUCAUAUUGACACCACGUACUCUUCAACAACACUCACAAAGAUCACAGUCAAGUUCUCCAGCUACAACAGAAUCGCCAAACACAUAUAAUGAAUUGAGCUGUUUAACACCCGUCGAAAAUAAUAAUCCAUCAAAAGCUCCAACUCCUCAACAAACACGUAUUAUUGAACGAGCAGUUUUCCGACCAGCAUCAGCUGUUGGACGACCGUAUGAUUUUAUUGUAGAAUCUGUUGAAGAAUCAACUGAUUUAAUGCAACAAGUAGAACUUUAUGGAUCGGAAUUACUUGGAUUUGGUGAUAACACUCAACAACAACAACAUGAAAAUACAAAGAAUUUUAACUAA